GUUCGCAGAAAAGUCGAAGUGGAUGGUCCUGCAUCACGUACGUGUGGUUAUAAGUAUCGGAAAAGGUGUUAGUAAUCUAUUACUAGUUCGGAAUAGUCGGAAUUGCGGUUGGUGUGUGAAGGAGUGUGAGCUUAAAAGCGAUGAAAAUGAGCAUGGAGGAGUGAAGCAGUGAAUCCUGUCACGUCCGUGUGCGUAUUUAGAGAGGGGAAGCACCGCAUUUGCGAGGAUAUGUGCUAGGACUGUUAGGGUUGGUGGCACCGUCGGCAUCGCCGUCCACGUGAGCGUCUCGUCGAAGCUGGUGCCGACUUCGGCUCUAGAGUGUGGCGUUUUCGAGUCCGUAGUGUCAGUUGAGUUGGGUUUCAGUGUGUUCGCGGCUGUCGAGCCAGUAGCACGCAUGAGAGAGCGUUUGCGUUAUCAUGAGAGUGUCCCGCGUUCGCGUUCUCGAGUCGCGGCUGCCGUGGCGGCUGGCGGCACCGUCCCGGUAGAGAGUGACAGUGAGUGCGACAUAAUGUCCCAGUCAUGGUGAAGGCGCUGUUCCUGGGGCUGUUAGCUGCAACGAUGUGUGGUUUCGCCCGCGCCGCCCCCGCGCCCGCUCCCCAGCCAGAUCUUCCCGCGACGGCGACGCCGCCGCCCCCAGCGCCCCCGCAGCCCCAGCCCCCCUUCGAGGACCCGGCGGCCCGCAGCGAGCGCAGCACCAACCUCUCGCACGUCACCGGCACCGCCAGAAAGAUCCAGAUGUUCAUCAAGAACCGCCACCUGCAGCUGCUCCCCGACGGCACCGUCAACGGCACCACCGACGACACCAGUGCUUACACCAUUUUGCAAAGGACCACGGUUGGCAUUGGCCAAAUGAAAAUCCAAGGAGUAGCCACUUGUCAGUAUUUAUGCAUGGAUAGUUGCGGAUUGCUCUACGGAUCGAGAGAAUUCGGAGAUGAAUGCAUAUUCAACGAAACGAUUGAGCAACACCAUUACAAUACCUACUCAUCUAGUAAGUACUCCAACGAAAGGAGGACCUUGUACCUGGCUUUAAAUCGGCGAGGACAGCCGCGAAAAGUCCAAUUGCGAGCGCGCCAACAACUGGGAAGACUUUCUUCGUACACCCGCGUGCUGACGCGGACCGUGGCCCCGGAGCGGGCCGAGGAGCUGCACCCGGUGCGGCACCACGGGCACCUGUGCGCCACCCCCAGCCCCCUGGACGGGGGGCACCCGCCGGCCCCCAGCGACCCUCCGCGCUGCCGGAAGCGGCGAAAGCGGAAGAAGAAAAAGCGAAAAUGCCCCCCCGACGCCGAACCCGACACCGAACUGUGCCACAAAAGACAUAACACGUCGAACCAUCGAAAACUCCAACCCACCAGGUUAGUGAAGAAAUGUGAGAAUGAAGACAGUGACGAGUGCCAAAGAGAUGUGACUGUUAAUAAAAAGAAACACAAGACUAGUGAUAAAAAUUUAGGCCCCAAAAAGAAGAAGAACAGUAAAAAAGGUGCGAAAAAAAGACACCACGUGGUCACAAGCACGGAGGCCCCGACGACCGACGACGACUACGGCCUGGACUCCACCACCCACUGGGACUGGGAGGACUCCACGGCCCUCCCGGACGUCUCCAUGUCCCUCCCGGGCGGCCCCACCCCCGCCCAACCCGACUGACUCGCUCCGGCGUCCUCUAGCGCCCCUUUUCCUCCUCCUUUAUUUAUUUGUAAUAUUUAUUGUAUCUUGAACAUUGUACAUAAUUAUAUAAAUAAGUGAAAUAUACCUCGCUAUCAA